GCAGGAUCAACCCUUCGGAGGGAGUCGAGGGCAGCCUGGCUGCUCAAUAAUAGAAUUCUUUGUAGUUCUUAACAACGGGAACGGAAUCAAUUUGAAAACGACUGCGUAAAAAGACUGUAAAGAGAGGUAGCCACAGUGACAGUUCGAGGUGGACCGCCAGUUUUUUUUUUCACGCGGCAGGUCGAAAUGAAGAUCAUGAAGAUGCUGUCAGACGUCCAUCGGUUGUGCUUGCUGGUCUUUACGACCUCUACACUGUUUACCCCUAAAAUCUUUCCAUCGCUGCUCCUACCUUGUUCCGCGCACAAGCUCACCACGAAGAAAGCAGUCGCCGCGUCCCACUAUGGCACCAGCAUCGCUCGAUCACGCUCUAUUUCAGGCGGUUCAUCCCCCGGGUCGUCGAUUCAAUUGCCACGUGCAGCGGUGACACCGAGUCUGAGCAAAUCCGCUGUGAUCUCACCGUCAGCGCCAACUGCUCCAUCUCCGUGCCAAUUACUCGCGAAAUCCUGUCAGAAAUGUGUGAUGAAGAAGUGCACAGACAACGCGGCGUGCUGCAUCGGCUCUCUCACCACCAUGAUUGCGAAGACGGCGGGGCUGAAGGCUUUGGAUCUGUACACCUACGAUGGGGGCAGGGGAGAGUUUUAUAGCAGUGCCGGAGCCACCUCUACUGCUUCCGGGCUUUUCGGUGGUGGAGGAUCCUCUUCUACGCCCUUUCUCGUCACUCAACGGAAGCAAACGGUUCUGCAAACCAUCGAGGAGAAAUCCCGUUUGCUUGAGACGGAGCUGUGUCGGUACGAAAACGCGUUUCGCAAUCUGUUCAAUUCGAAGAAGGUUUAUGGGCAGUUUGCCGGACAGAAAGCGGAUAUGGUGGCGAAGUUAUUUGGCUUUGAAGAGGUGAACUACUCUGCUGUGAAAUGGCCGAUAGAGAAGAAAACAACUACUUCUGACGCAAGGACCACAGCGAGCAUGGAAAAUAAUCCGAAUCACAAUCCGUUUCUGAAAUUCAUCCCAGACUGGUCAUAUCCUCUCGAAGAAGAAUCCCGCGGGGUUUUCAUCGCCCUCCUCCGUGCAAUGAGCACCAAUAAUUACAUCAUGGAAGACGUGCUGCCUUCGGAAACUGUGUGGCAGGAACGAGCAAUGAUAGACGAGGAGGAAGCUGUUUCCUCGCCGAGGGUGAGCCAAGAGGUGUUGGACAACAAGGUCAAGGAUGCGAGAGCAGAGCAGGAGUUCCUCCGUGGGCAGCGGCUCCAGACGGAUCUGGAAGAGAUUUUUGCAGAUACGAAUUUCGUGCCGCUGUCGAAACGCCGGAGUGCAAGCACGCCGACUUUUGCUCCUACAGCGACGAACAACUCAAAUGGUGGGGGUAGUUCUGCAGGAGCUAAUGCGUUGUCCGCGCCAAAAACGACUACAACUGGAGAAAUUUCUGACGCAGCAGUACUAGCUGGCGCUGCACCACCGCGCCAACCGUCUCUGCGGAAAAGCACCAGCAGAGUGGCGAUGACCAAAUUGCGAGAUUUGGAUUUGCAAGUGGACGACGGGACGAAGCUGCACCUCUCUUCAACAAUUACAAACCAGGAAAACGCAGCCGAUGUCUUCCUCCAACACAAGAAAAUCAGCAUCGCGCCACUUCCCCUCCCCUCCUCCCCGAGGCCAAGCGAAUACGCGGGAGACGAGCCGUUGUUAUUUCAUAUCCAGGAAAAAACACCCAUCCCCAUCCAAUUUGUCAUGCAAAACAUGCAUAAAAUCCAAUAUUUGUCAUGCCAAAAAUGGAUGGGGAUGGGUGUUUUUUCCUGGAUAUUUCAGUUCCACUUGCCAGCGGCUUUACCGCAGAUUCUGUUCGGCUUUGAAGAGGCGGCUUUAGGGAUUGUGAAGAGGAGAAGGAAGUACAACAGCAGCGAGCGAGAUAGUACAACAUAUCAAGCAAAAAAGUGUUAACGUUAACGGUUUUCACAGAUGGCAGUUAUGCAUUACAAAUUUUGCCUUCCAUGCAUGCUACGCAACACAAAUCUGGCCAACUUUUCUGUUGCGUUACUGCAUCACAAAUUCCGUUCACGUUAACACUUUUUGUUGUGAUACAACAAGCAGUGCUGACACAAACUGUCGCGAAGAAGUAGACGAUGCAUCAACCACUGGCUGCACCCCGUACGCGUGUUCUCCCCACUACGAUUUCGAACGCGAAGGGUCUAACGCAUUACCUGUGCAGCCACGCGGCAUCGUAAAUUCAGGUAUGGUAUAUCAUACACGAGAAAACACAGUUUUGCGACUACCCUCCACCACCGCGCAACUACAACACCAACCACCGGAAAUCGUGAAACGCCCCAGAAGAAGUUUCUGGUCCAGGUGUUGUGGGAAACGAGGCCUUACUAAGAACGCAGGAGGGGCCAGGAUGAUGGCACCGUACCAGCAAGAUCAUUACGACGGGGGCCUAUCGGAUAUUGAGAGCGGUUUGCUCGAAAAAGAAAAAGAAGAAGACAAAGUUCUUGAUAACGAGUAUGCAGCAGCCAGCAUGCAGAACUGCGACACCAUGAGCACGGUGAGCACCAGGACUCCUUCCAGUAGCGCCGACAGCAGUUACAACUGUGGCCAAUCAGCUGCUCGCUCCAUGGCCAUGCCUGCGAAUCAGGAGGUGUAUGAUCAGGCGAAGAUGUUGACUUCAGCUUCACAGUACAACGCAGGCAGAGGACGAACGCGCACAGCAAAACCUGCCUCCUCGUCUUCUCGCCUCGCAGCCCUUUCAAAAUCCACCGAGUGCUGGCGUAAGCUGUUUUUCCUGAACCAGUGCGCCGGGCGAGGCUCAUCAGGUAGUUCCAAAAAGAGGAGAAACAAUCAACAGCCGCUUGGGAACUUUCUCCCAUCUUCCGACCGAGGGCAGCCCAUGUACCCUAGAGGGCACCAAACUUCCUGCUCGUCCCCAGAUGAGGACGAUUUUGAUUUCGCGUGCUACGAGGACCAGUACUACUGCAACAAUUUUUCUUCGGAGGAUGAUGAAGAUCAUAGCGAUCAUUGUUCCAACGAGGAUGGAACAGAUACCGAAGGGGGCUGCUCCUACAAUCAGAUUUCGGAAGAAAACCUGAUCGCCUACCGCACGACCCAGGAGCUCCUCCUCAUUUCCCUGCUACAAGCGUUAAAGCCGCUGACGAAACGGUUUGGGUUUAUGCUGCGUGCGGUGGAGAUAUGAGAGUGCAUAACCCCCGCUCCCCCUCAUUUCCAUCUGUAUGGCAUGAACAGCAACAAAAACACCGCCACACGUGGAGCCUGUGCAUGACAAAUUUAUGUGCCUGACGUAGUACUGUUUAGACUUCCGGAAUUUGUCAUGCAAGCAGUGCCACAGGACAGCAACUGGAUUUGGGGUUUUGCAUGACAAAUGAGGGGGAGUGGGAGUUGUGCACUGUGAUAGGAGAAAUGGGUAGAGUUUGAGGACACGGAGAUUUUUGACGAAAAGCAGCUCCACUACGAGCGCAUUUUCCACCAGUCAGACGCGAUCCGGAUGCUGCUACAGGAAAUCGUCGGGGGGGAGAAGAUUCCGAAAAAACCCUUUUCGUCGACCUACGGGCCGGGCGGGGGAGGAGUGAUGUUUACGGCUGACGAGCUACGGGGUGAGAAGAGUAAAACGCCGGUCGGGGGAGGGAGUCUGCGCAAGGCGGUGGCGCUUUGAAUGGAAGAUACUAGUAGUCAGGAGGGGAGCUGCUCAAGGUCAGAGCGAUGUGGGUAGAAAUGGCUCCUGGAGUAGAUGCCGAUCAUGAUGACCAGCUGCUCCUACAACUUCUUUGCGUUUAUGUAUUUUUGGAAUUUAGAUCAUGAAGAAAUAGACCUCAUGAAAGUUUUCAGUCGUCACUUCUAGCCUUCAGCAAUUUGUUGAUACCUCUUCACUCCUAGCGUGAUGCUGGAUUCGCAACAACGGGUUUUACGAGCCAAGAACUCUGUAUGAUCUAGUACACAUUUAUUCUAUUGAAGCUUCAACUUGGGUUAUACAAGAAUACAGUCGCAGUUGGAUGUUUUAGGAUAACGCUUCCCGUCACGCCGAUUGAGAUUGUGAAGAGGAGUGCCAUCGAAGUAGGUUGAGGCAUGUUGAUCUGUGCCGUAUUUUUCAUUUUCAGUUUUAAUUUCUAGAAGUACAAAUCUCUUUCCUGCCAAACUCACAAGCAACCACGACAAGAAUGAUGCUUCUUUCAGCAGAUAGAGGAGCUUCACAAACAAACGAAAGAUCUUCCGUGGUCCUAUUCUACGCGUCUGCCUGAAACACCAAGAUAACUUUUGCCAGGAACAAUAUUUUUGUCCGUAUAAACUGCAAAUGCCAGCAAGGAGGUGGUCGUUAUGGUUUUAUAAGCGAU